UUUUCUGAACAGGUUUAUUGUGCAUCAAAUAUAAAAUAGCAAAUUCUUGUGUUAAUUGUGGUUAAACAAAGAUCGAUAAACUUGUAAUCGAGACAUUGGAAACCGCUGCGUGAACUUGGAAGCACGAACCAUUCAUUUUUUUCUUUUAAGUAAUGAAAUUUAUCUAACAAGACAAGUGCGAGUCUUUUUCUUUAAAUUUGCUGGCAUCGUCCUAAAAUUUUGAGAGUUCCUUGUCUUAUUCUACAGCAUAUCUCCUUCAUGGUUUCUUUUCAGAGGACCAUACCCAAUAUAACUAUGACAUGAUGGAUUAAAUGAACUAAAAGUUGGACAUGGAUUUGAGAUUGGUCCCGUAAGCAACUUCUUUUAAAAGUAAUUAUUAUUGAUGACAAAUUUUCACCCCCAAGAAAAAAAAAAACCCUCAAAAGUAGGAUGUGGGGGCGCCCUCUGUGACUUGAGCAUCUUUCAACUAGGCAUGAAAAGGACCCUUUUCUCAUUUCCUUGUUUAACAGCUUAAGAUGCUCUUUCUUCAUCCUCAAAAAAUGGGCUUGUUCUCUAAGUAGCUCAGUUGCAACAGGAGGCAGUUGGUGCGGUGAUUUGAACUCGAGAUUGACCCCUGGAACCUCCUCCUUAUGUAUGAAGUCCUUUAACAGAUAAAAGAAGCUAUGGUUCUCCCUAGUCAGGUGCCUAAGAAAGAAGCCAGAAGAAUUGAAUUCAACAACCCAAGGAGCUUUUUACUUCCUGGAAGUAGCCUUGCCUCUGUUGAAUCCUUAUCCAUGCCUCUCGUCCACGAAGUUGUUUACUCAGCAGAUAUUAGAUGUGCAGAGUGUCAAAUGAGAAUAGUAGACAUAAUCUCAAGAAUGAAUGAUACAGAUUCUGUUUUGGUAAAUGUGUUGGAGAACAAGGUAACACUCACCUCUAGAUACCCUGGAAGUACUAAGUUGGGUUCAAGGCAAGUUCCUGUUAUUUAUAGGAAUCCUAUCAGCACAAUGGCCAUGAUCAAGAAGCUCUUUCGCUUGUCCCGUAGUUGAAUACUGAUGGACAACCAUCCAACAUGCUACAGAAUUCUCGUAUGGAGAUUUGCUUGUUCUUAUACUUUUUGUUGUAAAAAGGUUACUGUUCUCAUUUUUUGGUCGUAAUAUCUCAAAUGUAUAUGGAAACAUAGUGCACUGUUGGACGUGUUUUAAGUUAUCAACCGAAUUCUUCACCUUUGUUAUACUAUGUUACUUGAUCCAAACUAUUCAUUUUCUAUAAAGCAUCUGUAUUUUGCGAUAUUCAGAUAA